AAUUAAAGCUUCGUUUUGGAGGGAGAGAUGGGGGAGAAAGAGAAAAAACAUCGCAGCUAAAGGGCGGCACCAUCGUUUCUCUCACUCUCGCCGCCGGCAUUCCCUUCUUUGUUUUCUACUCUCUCUCUAAACUUUGACUUUCCGUUGACUUUUUCUCGUUUCCGGUUCUCUUGGAAGAUGUCUAGUAGGUCAAAUCGUUCCUCCAUCUCGCCGUUCCGUUCACGCAAAUCUCCCGUUCCCUCGCCUUCCACUAAAACGACCGGUCGUCCGGCGACUCCUUCUUCAACGACGUCGUCUCGUCCUCCUUCUAGGCUCUCCUCGUCUCCAGCUACUUCCUCUAGUCCCAACCCCGGCCCAAGUCCGUCCACUGUCGUCGUUGAACGCCUCGAGUCUUCCAAGUCUAAAGAAAAUGUUACUGUCACCGUUCGUUUCCGUCCUCUCAGUCCGAGGGAAAUUAAUAAAGGAGACGAGAUAGCGUGGUAUGCAGAAGGGGACUUUACAGUAAGGAACGAGUUCAAUCCUUCUAUUGCUUAUGGCUUUGACAGAGUGUUUGGCCCGGCAACAACCACGCGCCAUGUAUAUGAUGCUGCUGCUCAGCAUGUUAUAAGUGGUGCCAUGCAAGGGAUAAAUGGCACAGUUUUUGCAUAUGGUGUUACGAGUAGUGGAAAGACUCAUACAAUGCAUGGUGAGCAAAAGUCACCUGGAAUCAUUCCGUUAGCUGUUAAGGAUGUAUUUGCCACCAUUCAAGAGACACCUGAGCGGGAGUUUCUUCUUCGGGUUUCAUAUCUUGAGAUUUACAAUGAGGUUAUCAAUGAUUUACUUGAUCCAAUAGGUCAGAACCUAAGGAUAAGAGAGGAUGCUCAGGGAACUUAUGUUGAGGGAAUCAAAGAAGAAGUUGUUUUAUCUCCUGCUCAUGCUCUUUCCUUGAUAGCAACUGGAGAAGAACAUAGGCACGUUGGUUCUAAUAAUUUCAACCUUCUUAGCAGUCGGAGUCACACUAUAUUCACCCUGACUAUUGAAAGCAGUCCACGUGGAGAGAAGAAUGGGGAUGAAGAUGUGACACUAUCCCAACUGAACUUAAUUGAUCUUGCUGGAUCUGAAAGCUCUAAAGCUGAAACAACUGGAUUGCGGAGAAAAGAAGGCUCAUAUAUAAAUAAAAGUUUACUGACUCUAGGAACUGUAAUUUCUAAAUUGACGGAUGGAAAAGCAACUCAUAUUCCAUACCGAGAUUCCAAGCUUACCCGUUUAUUGCAGUCAUCCCUUAGUGGCCGUGGACGGAUUUCUCUUAUCUGCACCGUGACACCUGCCUCUAGCAACGGCGAAGAAACACACAACACAUUGAAGUUUGCCCAUCGAAGUAAGCAUGUAGAAAUCAAAGCAUCCCAGAAUAAGAUUAUGGAUGAGAAGUCGCUUAUAAAAAAGUACCAGAAGGAAAUUUCCUCUUUAAAGCAUGAACUUGAGCAACUAAGGCAAGGGAUGACGGAAAGACCUUACACGGCUGCGACUACACAAGAUGAUUUGGUUAAUUUAAAGCUUCAGCUGGAAGCUGGUCAGGUCAAAUUGCAGUCGCGAUUGGAGGAAGAAGAACAAGCAAAGGCAGCUUUGAUGGGAAGAAUUCAGCGGUUAACUAAACUAAUAUUGGUUUCCACCAAGAAUUCCAUGUCAUCAAGCAUUCCUGAAAGGUCUAGACAUAGACGGAGGCAUUCUUUUGGUGAAGAUGAGCUAGCAUAUUUGCCAGAUAGGAAAAGAGAAUACAUGAUUGAUGAUGAUGCUGGAAGUUGUGCUUCUGAGCUCUCCGUCGAAGGAAGGGAUGAUGUUGCAAAUCUGGAUGAGCUGGUUAAAGAUUAUAAAAGGAACAGGAGGCGCGGAAUGCUUGGCUGGUUUAAACUAAGAAAACCUGAGAAUCAGGCUGGAAUGUCUCCCAGUGCUGAUAAUGGGAGCUCAGCAAGUGGGUCUCCUGCAUCUUGUUCAAAAUCUUUGCAAGACAAAGUUACAUUGAAUGAUAUGAAGGAUGGACGGAGAAAAUCAGUUAGCAGGAGAGGAGAUGAUCCUGCAAUUGUUGAUUCAUUUCCAGAAAGAACUCAAGCUGGUGAUUUGUUUAGUGCCACUGUUGGAGGUCGUUUGCCUCCGAGUGGAACCACUAUUACAGAUCAAAUGGAUCUUCUCCAGGAGCAGAUGAAAAUGCUAGCUGGAGAAGUUGCAUUGUCUAUUAGUUCUCUAAAAAGGCUGUCAGAGAAAGCAGCAAGCAGCCCCGAAAAUUCACAGCUUAGAGAGCAAAUGCAGAAGUUGAAGGGUGAAAUCAAUGAGAAGAGGCAUCAAAUACGAGUUUUAGAACAACGAAUGAUUGAAUCAGUUGGGAAGGCUCCACAUACAUCAAAUAAUGCUGAAAUGUCGCAGGCUCUUUUGAAGCUUGCAACAAACCUAAAUGAGAAAACUUUCGAACUUGAGAUUAAAUCAGCAGACAAUAGGGUACUUCAAGAGCAACUUCAAGUGAAGAUAGCAGAAAAUUCUGAGAUGCAAGAAACUAUUCUUCUACUAAGGCAACAGCUGAAGAACAAAAGCUCCAGGAAUCCACAAGAAAGUGCAGAUAAUGUGGCAGAAGAAACUUGUUCCAAAGAAUUUUUUGAGAAAAUGAAGAAUGGAAUUGGUUCAUGUGAAGAAACUUACGGUGAUGAUAAUACACCAACUAGUGUCAUGAGCUUGAAUAGAGUAUUUUCUCAGGAUGACUCCAAAGAGUGUGACAAAUGUACCUCUUUGAAUUCCCAAGUUCUUAUUCAGGCUGCUGAGAUAGAGAGCCUGAAGCAAGAGAAGGUGAAAUUAGCUGAAGAGAAGGAUGGGCUUGAAGUUCACAGUAAUAAGCUGGCAGAGGAAGCUUCAUAUGCAAAAGAGUUGGCGGCAGCAGCUGCAGUUGAACUUCGAAACUUAGCUGAAGAAGUAACCAGGCUUUCUUAUGAAAAUGCUAAACUGACAGGUGAACUGGCUGCCGCAAAAGAGGCCCGCUGUAGAUCCAACUGUUGUCAGAGGACUAUGCAUAAUUUUAGACAAAACAACAUGAGUGGUGCCUGGCCCGAGGCACAUCACAGGAAACAAGAGGAUGAACUUCUCAUAGAGGAGUUGCAGAAAGAACUUAGCAUGAGGAACCAAAGAGAAGCUGCCCUGGAAGCUGCAUUAUCUGAGAGAGAGCUAAUGGAAGGUGAUUUGCGGAGAAGAAUUAAUGAAGCAAAAAGGCACGAGGAACAUCUGGAAAAUGAGCUGGCAAACAUGUGGAUGCUUGUGGCAAAGAUGAGAAAACUUGGUGUUAAUGUGGAGGACAUAUCAUCAAGUAUCGCACAAACAGGAGAAAGAAAUGGACCUUUGCCUUCCAAUGGUCACUCGUUUAAAUUAUUGAAACCGGAAGAAGCUUGUGAAAAUUUACAUGGGAUGAAAACAUACGAAGAGUUAAGAGCUUGCUAUCAAGAAGAAAGGAGAAGAUGUGAAGAACUAGAAAGGCUUGUUUCCAGAAUGAAGGGUGAAGAUAUCAGUGGUUUAGAUGUUACAUCUCUCGAAGAACUGAAGAAUUUUCAUGUUGAGGCUAUAACGAAAAUUUGUCAUGCAAAGUGUGCAAAUUUUAUGUUGUAGGGUAUGCAGAAUUUAACCAUGCAUUUAUCUGACCAUCACGGUGUAAUGUAUUCUGUACAUAAUGGAAAUAUUAACCGAACUGUCCUUUCGAUCGAAAUCCUUUUGGUGUAUCAACUACCAUUGCAGAUGCAUCUUUCCCUGGCUAACUUACAUCAGAAAUGCCAGAAAAUGUUGAAAGCUUUUCCCUUUUCUUUUUUCUUUUUCUUUUUUUUUUUGGG